AUGGAAGCUAUCGCCGCCGCGAGUAGUGUGGCAGGAAUACUCAGUCUACUGGGCCAAAGUAUCGAUGGUGUCUCGAAACUCAGAGGGUUCUUCUUGAAUGUCUCGUGUGCUUCCAGACACGUCAGUCUUUUCCUCUACGACAUCAAUUGCCUCCUGGAAGCCCUUCAUGCUGCCAAACAGCUUGUCGACAGGCUACCUGAGGGCUUCAAGGACUCCCAGAUUACUGCCCUACAGGUACAGCUUGACUUCUGCACCAAGGAUGUUCAUCGGUUGCUCGAAAGCGCGAGUUCCCUUCGCCCAGCUUCAGAGAUCGGGGCAAAGGCCUGGAUGAAGAAGUUUUGGAAUGCUGUUAAUAAAGAUGUUUUAAGCAACGCACGCGAAGAACUCGAAAGACACAGACAAGCCAUUGAGCUUAGCCUGACAGUCCUAGGAAGGACGCUCGACAUUUCUGCAGCAGUAAACAUCAAGAAACUUGACAGUAAAAUUGAUACAGGUACUGCGGCGUCACUGUCCAAGAUCGAGGAGCAGAAUGUUGUCCUCGAGAGGAUCGAGUCACAUACGAAAAGCAGAGUGCAAAGUUCUGCAGACAGUGUGCAGAGUUUACGGAGUAUAGCAAGUUCGCUAUCAAGGAUGGAAGCUUUGGCCGCCUCAGCCGCUAGUACUUCCAUAUCACAAAGAUCGAAUGACUCGAAAGAACCAAAAUCCAAUCAACGGUCUAGACGCCGGGCAACCGGGGAUUUUGUCCCAACAUAUCAACGAGGCUCCCCCAGGACGUCAUGGAGGCGCUCAUCGGCCAGCGCACAAAGCUUGCCGGCUGUUCCAACCAUUCCGGAGACAUAUUCUCACCUGUUUGAAGACCUGCCGGAAUCUAAAGGCCGAGAAGACGGUACUAAAGAAAGGGCUCAUCCGUGGGCUCGCAUGUUGGCAGACUUGGACCAGAUAGACGACGAUCCAUUUGUACCGAACAAGGCCAAUAGCGGCGUCCUCUGUUGGGACCCACAGAUUGACUUUUCACUGCAUAAACAAUACCAUACUUUCAGCGACCUAAAGCGCCAGUGCUUAACAGAACUAUAUCCUAGCGAUGUCCUGGAGUAUAUUUCGCUCAUCAGAGUGAUGAAGUCCUAUGGAGAUAAGAUCAAUGUUCUCAACUUGCUCCAUCUUGAAUCGAAUUUUCUGGCAAGGUCAGCAGCAAAAGUACACUUCCAUCUAUGUGAGAGUGAUCUAGAGAUACUAAAAUGGGAACGGACAGCCUUACAAAAACGUCUUACGGCCUUACGUCUAGUCGCUCUGGACUCCCGAAGGCGUUGCAUAUUGGCAGGUCAUUCCCUCCAAGGAAUUGACGAUCGAAUUCGUCCGCCGGAUCUCUUCAACGAUCCAAACGAAGCUUUGGAUCUAUGCCUCAGCCCUCAACUCGGAAGAGCACCCAGGCCAAUAUCCAACGGGGUUCUCGAGAGAGAGGUCAAAUGCGAAGUUCUCGAUGAAUGGUCGACCAAUCGAGACCGCAUCAACCGCUGGUUGCUUCAUUGCCUGCAAUCCGACGAAGAGCAGGCCCAGCUCCAUAAAUCUAUGCUAGCAGAACCAUUGCUCAAAGAUGAGGAUUGGGCCAGGCAGGUAUUGAGACACUGGUAUAUUGAUGAAGCUGCCCUUGGUCACGAAGUAAAGACGUCGCUCUCCAUUGGCGCCGUUGACAGCCAUACCGUAGAUGAUACCCCAGACGACGAGUGGGCUAGCCUUCCGCCCGUGCCGAUGCAGUAUAUUUGA